AUGAGUGAUUCUGCAGAUAAACCUAUUGACAAUGAUGCAGAAGGUGUCUGGAGCCCUGACAUUGAACAGAGCUUUCAGGAGGCUCUAGCUAUCUAUCCACCAUGUGGGAGGAGGAAAAUCAUCUUAUCAGAUGAAGGCAAAAUGUAUGGUAGGAAUGAAUUGAUAGCCAGAUACAUCAAACUUAGAACAGGGAAGACACGGACCAGGAAGCAGGUGUCUAGUCACAUUCAGGUUCUUGCCAGAAGGAAAUCUCGUGAUUUUCAUUCCAAGCUGAAGGUAACAAGCAUGGAUCAGACAGCAAAGGACAAAGCACUCCAGCACAUGGCAGCAAUGUCAUCAGCUCAGAUAGUCUCAGCUACUGCUAUUCACAACAAACUGGGCCUGCCAGGAAUUCCCCGUCCUACAUUUCCUGGGGCACCUGGGUUUUGGCCGGGCAUGAUUCAAACGGGGCAGCCUGGAUCCUCACAAGAUGUAAAGCCAUUCGUUCAGCAGGCCUAUCCUAUACAGCCAUCAGUCACAGCUCCCAUUUCAGGAUUUGAGCCUACGUCAGCUCCAGCUCCAUCAGUCCCUGCAUGGCAGGGCCGAUCGAUUGGUACGACCAAGCUCAGGCUGGUAGAGUUUUCAGCUUUCCUUGAACAGCAGAGGGAUCCUGAAUCAUACAAUAAGCACCUCUUCGUACACAUCGGACACGCUAACCAUUCUUACAGUGACCCCUUGCUUGAAUCCGUGGACAUUCGUCAGAUUUAUGACAAAUUUCCUGAAAAGAAGGGUGGACUCAAGGAACUGUUCGGGAAGGGGCCCCAAAAUGCUUUCUUCCUUGUAAAAUUCUGGGCUGACUUAAACUGCAACAUUCAAGAUGAUACAGGAGCAUUUUAUGGAGUCACUAGUCAGUAUGAGAGCUCAGAAAACAUGACAAUCACCUGUUCCACCAAAGUCUGCUCAUUCGGAAAGCAAGUAGUAGAAAAAGUAGAGACUGAAUAUGCAAGGUUUGAGAACGGCCGAUUCGUAUACAGAAUAAAUCGCUCCCCAAUGUGUGAAUAUAUGAUCAACUUCAUCCACAAGCUGAAGCAUUUACCAGAGAAAUACAUGAUGAACAGUGUGUUGGAAAACUUCACAAUUUUAUUGGUGGUAACAAACAGAGAUACACAAGAAACCCUGCUCUGCAUGGCUUGUGUAUUUGAAGUGUCGAACAGCGAACAUGGAGCACAGCAUCAUAUUUACAGGCUUGUAAAGGACUGA